AGUAGUUCAGACCACGCCUCUACUAUUUACAGCGGAGCUCAGGUUGGUCUUUGUUAUGUUUGCAGUGCAAAUGUACUCUCUAUUAUGGAAACAUGGUGAGUGUGUGGCAGUGAAAGAAGAGAAGCAAACAUAAUUUAAACCCGCAGAAGCUGUUUUUUUUGCCAGCAGGUUAGGAACAUGGUGAUUCUCUACUUCUGUAAUAUCUAUAUUAAGCAAAUGUGUUUACUUUAAAAACUUUGCACAUUCAUUCAAGCAAACAAUUCAAGAUGGCAUGUUUACUUAGUGUGCUAAUUUGAAAGUUGAAGUUAUAGCUGUGUGGAACAAAGACGAAGUUAAGCCAUGGCAACGAUCUGUGACUCAUGUAGACAGUACCUGAGGGAUUUUAUGGAAAUGAUAGAGAGAGCUGCAGAAGAACUCCUGGAGAAAAUAAAGGAGUUCUUUCAGAAAAUACAGAGCUGUUCCUGUCUAAAGCGGAAAAGAAGUGAGCCAGACCGUCUUUACAAGCCGGUUCUACAGCUACACGAAAAAGAGGCUGCUCAGGAGUUCCUACAGCACAUUGAAAAAGCUUCAGAAAAUAAAGUGAUUGACUGGGAAAGCUUGAAGGCCUUGCAGACACUAGCUGCUUCUGAAAAUCCAGGUCUACAGCAAUCUGCUGCUCUCUACUAUUUACAUAUCAGCGAACAGCUGAAAAGCGAGUUGCCUGAAGAAUACUUGGAACCAUAUCAAAAUUUGUUACAGUCCAGCGAUUUGGAAGUGCAAAGGAAAGCAUCUCUAUCUCUGGUCAAUCUCUUAGUAGAGGGCAAUGUGAACAAAGAGAAAGUUGUACAGAUUGGUCUGCUAGAACCUAUACUGGAACUGCUUGGCUCUGGAGAUGCCACUGUGCAGUGCAACUCGUGUGCAAGCAUUGCAUCUUUAGCCACCUCAGCAUUAAACAGGCAAGCUAUUGCUUCUGAAGGAGGAAUUACACCUCUGCUAGUUCUUUCAAAGUCUUAUGACCCUAGAGUGCAACAGAAUGCAGUGGGUGCCAUCCUCAACCUAUCAAGAUCAGAAAAGAUUCAACCUCUCCUAUGCAGAGAGGGAGCAUUGCCAGUCCUGAUCCUUCACCUACAAUCCCCUGACUCCGAGAUCCAGUAUUACAGUUGCGCUGCAUUGACCAACAUGGCAUCCAACCCAUGUCACCGUCAGUCCAUGCUUCAAAUAGGUGAUGGCAUUCUUCUCAAGAUGCUACUGUCUCUUAUGUCUUCCUCUGUGGAAAAGGUUUGCUGUCAAACAUGCUCCUGCCUUAAAAGCUUGUCUCUAAAUGAAGGUAUUCAAACAGAUACUGUGAGCAUGAACUGUUUGGCUCAACUGCAUGAAUUGCUGAAAUCCUCCAGUGAAAAUGUGAAUGAAGCAGCACUGAUCUUACUCAGCACGCUGUCAGAGAAUCAUUCCAACAUGGAUGCUAUUGUGUCAGAAAAUAUCUUGAACACCUUAGGAAAGUUACUGUUGGUUCACAAAACAAGUCCUGGAAUCACUUAUCUUGUUUCAACCAUUAUCAACAAAUUAGCUACAAGCAACACUCAACAGGCCAUCACUGACAGUCAAUGUGCUGUGGCUGUGCUUCAAGUCCUCAAUUGCUUCAGAGUUGAGUCUGGCUCCUUGCUGCAAGCGACAGCUUGCUUGGCUGAGCUCACAAAAUAUGAGACAAUAGGAACACAAAUAAUACAAGAAUUAGAUGUGAAUAAAAUCACCCAUCUACUAAUGCUUGCAAAUCAGUCGGAAAAUAAUGAUCUUUCCUUUCAAGCUGCUUGUAUAAUCUGCUACCUUGGAGUAGACGAAAAUUUUACAUUGCUGUUGAGACCACAUGCAAAGGAGGUUGUUGAUUACAUCUUGUAUUUCCUCAAGCAUCAGGAAGUUAGAUUUCAACGCCUGGGCCUUUUAACAUUACGGAAUCUAAGUAGAGAUUCCUGCUUUGUAGCAAUGUUUGAUGAAUCUGAACUGAAGGUGCAACUCAGAAGGGUUUCUCAGCAGACAGCUGAAACACAGGAACUGCUCCAAGCUGUUUUAUUUCACAAGGAAUUCCAAAAACACAAAUGAUAACACUGAAGUGUUUAUUAGUGUUACAGUCAGCUAGACACUGAAGAGCAUAGGAAAAAAACGAUGAUACAUUUUAUAGCACAAGUUUUAUUGAGGUCCAAGAUGUAUUGACAAUUAAGUGUGUUUUAAACAUGAUUAUCAGUAAAUUUUAAAAGUUGGUUUUAUUAAUGGUGCAAUCUUAAAAUAAUAUGUAUGGGAUAAUGAACAUUUUGUUCUUUUCCCCUCAGGCUUUAAUAGUCAGAUGUAAGAGAUAAUGUAUUUGCCUGAAAACUACAUAAGUGAAAUAAAUUAAAAUAGGCGCAUGGGCCCUGAACUAAUCAUUGCUUCAUAAUAACAGUGUGACUUCAGACACAUUUCACUUCUACAGUUUACAUAUUACUGAGCUUCAUAACUUGUGGCUUAGGUUUUGCUAUUUACUAAUUUUAGUAUUAAGUAAAUUGCACAAAGUUGAUGAACUGUAUGAUGACAGUAUACAGUAAAGCUAAUAUUAUAAAGAUAACUUUGAUCCAUUUCCUAAAAAUAAGCUUUUCAUUUUUGUUUUCAGAGUUCUCAUGCUUAUAAGACUUCAAAUUCUUAGGCUUCUGGCCUUUUCACUUUGGAGUACAGAGAGUGAGAGCAGAACCAUUAGUGUCUUGUUUCGUGUGAAUUUCAUUUGGGCCAAUAAAAAGAAGUGAAGUUUAAGUGGAACAACUAGUGUGGGAGUGGACAGUUAAGGCUGAUU